AUGAUCGCAUUCGGCACACCUCGGCAGAUUCGUACCUCAUUUGAUGAUGAACAAGUCAGUGAGAAAAGCAGAGAACCCGGCAACGGAGAAGCGACAAGCAAGGAGGAGGACAAGAGGGAAGACAAUAGAGGCGGAGAUGAAAGUAAAGAUAAUUGCAAGGAGGCAGUGAUUGAGGAAGGAGAUGAUCAUCAACUCUCAUCAGGAGAUGAUAGUUACGUCACCUGUGUAGAAGUUCUAAGCGAUGAUGAGAGCAAAACAGCAAAAGACAAUGAAAUCACUAGGGAGGAAAGUGCUGGCUCCACCGCUAGUUAUGAGCUUGGUGAAUCAAGCAAGGGAGAAUGUGGAACCGGUGGUGAAAAGGGGGAUGAGGACGGAACACAACCGAAAGAAAUGCCCAUAAAGGGAAUUCUUGCAGUUAAACUAAAGACCGAAAAGAAGAAUGUACAAAGCGAUUUUCUCGAAGUACGACCUGAAAAUAUUGGUAUGGUUACAAGGAACAAGAGCGUGACCCUUAAUGUCAGAGAGAAGGACUCAAAGAAAAAAGAGGAAGACGAUGUCCCCCCAAAAUCCUGCAUGGUGGUCGAGUCUAAAAAUAAAAAAGAAGAGCCAGAAACCGCCUCCCCCGGGAAAGAGUUCCUGAAAAAUGUAGAGGCCGGCCUUCAAGAAGACAUUAAAUUCACACCAAAACGAGGCGACCAGCACAGGUCACAUUUCCGACACCAGCAGACUGUGGGCCAGAUAGCAGAAACCAGAGAGUGGCAACUGGAUACGGAUGAUAUCCGGUACGGGGUUCACAGAACCUACUCGGACCAAUCCCCACAAGAAGAACCGGGUUGCUGGACCAUAUGCAAGGUGUUGGGAAUGGACCUGUGCUGCUGUUGCCUCUGUACGUCGCCUCCAGAUCCAUAUUUUAUAGAGGAGGUAGAGGGUGAUGAACAGGCAGCAUGGCAAGAGGAGAGGAGAGAAAAUGAAGAAGUGAUACCAGAUGACAAAGCCAUGGACGAUAUCUCGUUCAAUGCGACCACUGAAAUAGAGAAUAAACCAAAACGUGUUGGGAGGAUGAAGAGAAUAAGACGUUUUUUUCGACGUCUCUUCUGCUGCACAUCAGGAUGUCGGGAGGAUUAAAAACACUCAUUAUAAAAUCAACGGCGCAUGUGUGAUAUAAACUAUUACGUGAAAACAAUGAUUAAUUUUUUUUGCUGCAUUUUUUAUGUUGAUGAAAAAUCGAUGAAUUCAAUAGUGAUUUAUCUUAUCAUACCGGAGAAAUUUGUUGAGAACAAAAUUAUACAUCAAACUGCCAUGGUGGAUUCAGCUCCAAAGAAAAGCUUGAGAUUGAGAUUGGGGUGGAAUGAAGAUCAACAAUACUUUUGAGGCAGCAACUGAAAACAACCGUGAAGAAGUGAACAUUUGCAGAUUGAAAUUAUUUGAAUCAACAGAUUUCCGUCUGGACUCCGUGUAAAAAAUGUUGACCACAAAUAAACCAGUGUUUAUGUCAACACUGUUCAUUGAAAUAUAUCACACAUGCGCCUGAUAAAUUAUAAUUGAAAAUUCAACUAUUGAUAAAAAAAACAUCUAAGGAUAAAAAUCAAUGUCUUCAGUAUCGCCUCAGUCUAUUAAACCACCGAUGUCAUCAUUAGUAAAGCAUCCAAACAACCUCCAACUUCAAGAACAGAAUUCUGUUCUACUCUUUGUAUGGGAUGUCCUUUCAAAUGGACGUUCGAAUGUUGAACGAUGGCUUAAUUAACCCUUAAUUAUGAGAGCUCCCAACAUACAAAUGUUAUGAUACAUGUAUAUGAUAUAAAGACCACUCCAUGAUGAGAGAUCAGGAGAACUGGUUUUUACAAAACGAUCUACUGAACAAAACUACAUGAAAUCCAAAAGUCUGGAUUGGAUGAAAAUCCUAACAAGUGCAGUAGCUGUCACUAUGAUGUGUACUUACACAUGCAUAAGACAUACACAUCUUAAUGAAUUCAUCUCAGGAGACCUGAUGUGUUUAUGCCAGCACCAUUCAAAGCCUGGAACUAGUUUCUGAGACCAUCCCAUGAAAAGUCCUUCUCCACAACUUGAAUUUGAUGAGCCUCUGACUAGCUGUAAGCUAGAAUGGACUCUAUUUCUUAAGGAAUUCAAAUUUUAUUUAUUUUAAUGUUUGCAUGAAAAUCAAGAUGAUCCCAUCUGAUAGAGUUAUUCAAAAAGGACCCUUUGACCGCUUUGCCAUUAAGUUGUUUCUUGUUAAUUAAUUAGUUAAUAACAUGUAAAUCGUUAACUAACAAUUGUUAUAAGUUUCUAAUUUAGGCAGUACUUUGACCGUACGUGGAACAGGAGCCAAAGCAAGCACAUCAGGCUGGUUCAGUGCUCAAACACUGAAUAGAAAGAGAUUACCAUUACAAUUAUAGUAUAGGGUGUUGGCUAUUGAUAGAAAUAGGACGCGUGUUUAUAGCAUCAAUUUUCAUGAAUGUUUGAGUACAUUGUAUUGAUAUUGCAACUAUUUUUUCUCCAGGCACUCCAUCAUGCUGAUGCAAACCAUUUUUGUCCGUUUAUUGUGCUCAUACACAUGAUGAAAUGCCACUUAGAUAAUAAAGGUGCUUGACGUCCAUAAAAAUCCCCAAAGGAAUGACAGCAGAAGAAUCCACUAGAUGGAGUUAUAGCACUAAUUAGAGAUGCUGAGUGAUUGGGGGUCGGUCUGUCAAGAUCAACAUUGAUGGGCGCCAGACAGAGAUCUGUGAGAGUGGGGACUACACUAAAUGAAGCAAAACCACUGCAGCGUGUUCAAGCUAUACCGUUUAUAUAUAUUUAUGUAAGAUUUGUAAUAAUGCUGAUGGUAGUGUUGAUUUGGAUGCGGUAAUUGUCCGCUCCAAUAUAUUUAUGUUUAAACUGCAAAUGUUAUGUUGAUGGGAGUGUUGAUUCGGGUGCGGAAAUUGUCCGCUCCAAUAUAUUUAUGUAAGUUUUGUAAUUAUGUAUUUAUGUAACUAAUAGAUUUGUAAUGUUAUUCUGUAUUUAUUAAAUUUUAUUUAUAUAUUUAUUAAAAUUAAUGAUUCUCUUAAGAAUUAAAGAUUGUUUACGUAAAAGAAACCUUUUCUCAUUGCAUGUCAGAAUCAUUGGAAGUUGGACUGUUGGAAGUGUAAUAGUUUGUA